AAAGAUGAAAAAGUUUUGCAAUCAUAUGAUCACUUCAAAGAGUCUCUAUUUUUUGUGUUUAUAACAUUAAAGUUUCUGAACAUAUAAUGGAUAUCGAAGAUGAUCAAAGUGACCAACCAAAUAAACCUGUUGAUCAAGUUAAAGAUGAAGAUGAUAAAUUCUUGCUUCCUGGUUUGAGCCGAAAAGAAUUCGAAACAGAGAGGAAUUUACCUUACAUUCCUGAUCCCUUGACUAGCGAUCCUUUGCCGUCGGGAGUUUUUUUUCUUGAAGUAAUCAAAAAUGGGUCCGUCAUUCAGAGGAAGGAAAUCGAUAAACCUAGGAUUACCUUCGGUAGAUCAAGAGAUGCGGAUUUUCCUAUGGACCAUCCUUCACUGAGUCGUUAUCAUGCUUGUCUUCUAUGGAAUCCAAAAGAUGGGCCUGAUGGCUGUUUUUUUCUGAUUGAUCUUAAUUCAGUUCAUGGUACCAUGUUGAAUAAAUCCAAGAUUCCUGGCUUUAAACCAAUCAAAUUAAAUCCUGGUAAUGACAUUAUCAAAUUAGGUGCUAGCUCACGUUUAUUUAUCCUAAUUAACACUAAGCAAGCUGAAGAAGAAGACGAGUAUGAAGAGCAAAAACCUAAAGUAGUUGAAAAACCAGUAGAAAAAGAGGAAACUGGAUGUACCUGGGGCUUUAAAGAUGAUAUGGAUGACGAAGAGGACGAGGGUGGAAGUGGUGACGUUUUGACUCCUCUUGGAAAGGUGCUAUCAUUACUCCAAACUGGGACUGGACCAGGUCCUACUCAAAAUGAACAUGUUUAUAGUGAAAAUCCUCAUAAAACUCUCCAACAUUGGUUUGAUUCAGAAGGUUACGAUUUUGAAUAUCAAGUUAAUUACAAUAACGGGUUAUUCAAAUGUUCAGUAGAAGUACCUAUUGAUGGGCAAGAAACUACUAUCGACGGAGAAGCUUCAUCGAAGAAAAAAGACGCAUUGGUCAAUGUUUGCCUUCGGGCCUGUCAAAUACUGGACAAAGCUGAACUACUAUUUCCAUGGCAGAGACAAAAAGAUAUUAAACGAAAGAAGACCGAUAGUUCUGACUCAGAAGAUGAAGUUAUGGAUGAAACGGAUCAGUACAAACUCAAACGAGCUAAAAAGUUAGCCGCCAAAAAUAAAGUUCAGGAAAUUCUUAAUUUUGAUAGUCUGAAUGAAAAAUGGAAAGAAAUCAGCCAAGAACUUCAAAAGAUGAAGGCUAAAUUAGCAACUUUAAGUUUAUCAUCAAAAGCAACUGCAAAUUCCAAGCCUGAAGCUGAUAAAAAGGAAAUCGAAGAAGAGACCACUGACGCUUUGGAUGAAUUUAUGAAAGAUAUUGACAAAAAAGAUGAAACGUCAUCUCUCAAUGCUAAAAUUGAACAGUCCAAACUUCGGAUGAGGAUUACUGAUCUGGAAAAGGAACAACAACGAGUUGAAAGAUUACUUAAGAUAGCAAAACCCUCAUUCGUGCUCCCCGCGCUGGAAUCUGUAUAUACUGUAAAAUCUCCUCCUAAAAACGAAGCCUCCUCAUUGAAGCUCAAAACAACCAGUGAAAAAACAACGACACUUGGAGACAAGAUGGAAUUAAAUACUUCACCAGAAACCAAGAAAGAUGUAAUUCAAAAAGAAAAAUCGCCAAUUAAAUUAGAGCCAGGAAAAAUUGCUAUUUCAUUGACGAAGAAGAAUCUGAUACAAAAACCUGCAUCAGUGUUUACUGAAACGGUAGAAGAACCUACGCCUAAAGGGCCAUCUUUGCGAGAACCUUCACCACCUGCAGAGUCACUAACAUUCUUACCUCCAUCAUCAUCCUCUGAUAGCGAUCAACAAUAUGGAUUAAUUAUCAAGAAAACUGAUAAACCCAAGCCCAAACCUAAACCAGUCCAAGAUAAUUCCAGUUACUUUAAUCAAGAAACAUAUGUCGAGUGGUUACCUCCAAAAGGUCAAACGGGAGACGGGAAAACAGCGCUCAAUGAAAAAUAUGGAUAUUAGUGUUUUAAAAAUAAUAUGUACAUAAAAUUUCGUCGACUUCAACAAAUAUUUCUACAUUUCUGUAUUUAAAUGCAUAAUAAAAAUUACAAUACAAACACACA